GUUGAAAUAGCAUGCCUGGAGAAAACUGAUUCAUGUAAAGAUAAGGUAGGGACCAUUUACUACAACUGUAUACAGUUGAGUCACUACAAAUAUCUGCUACUCUCUCAUAUGCUCAUUUCAUAUCCAAAAAACAUGGCCACUCUCUUUGGAUCCACACCUUCUCUGUCUCACCCAAUUACCAGAACUAACUUUUCUUCAUCCUCCCAAACUCCUCCUCCUUCUCAGCCACCAAAUCAAAAUCCACAACCACAAACUUCACCGCCAUCUCAGCCACUGAGUGCAACUUCUGCAGAGCCUCCAUCACCUGUUAAUGUGCAGCAGCAAAAGCCUAGUAAAUCUGCCCGCCUAUCAACCUCUGCGGAUUCCACUGAUUGGAUUGCCUCCUCCUUAACUAGGAGAUUUGGCCUUGGUGCUGGACUUGCUUGGGCUGGUUUCCUUGCUUUUGGUGUUGUUUCUGAGCAAAUCAAAACUCGCCUUGAAGUGUCUCAACAAGAAACAAAUACAAGGGUUGUUGAGAAAGAAGAAGAAGUGGUCUUGCCCAAUGGGAUAAGGUAUUAUGAACUGAAAAUUGGUGGCGGUGCAACACCAAGGCCAGGGGACUUAGUUGUGAUAGAUGUGAAGGGAAGCAUACAAGGCAGUGGACAAGUUUUCGUGGAUACAUUUGGUGGUGAUGGAAAGAAGAAGAGGCCAUUGGCAUUAGUAAUGGGAUCAAGGCCUUAUAGUAAAGGAAUUUGUGAAGGUAUAGAAACUGUUCUAAAAAGUAUGAAGGCAGGUGGAAAAAGAAGAAUGAUAAUUCCUCCAAAUUUGGGAUUUGGAGAAGAAGGAGCAGAUUUAGGAACAGGGCUGCAAAUUCCUCCAUCUGCUACUCUUGAGUAUGUCAUUGAAGUUGAAAAAGUUUCUAUUGCACCUGCUUGAUUGAAGGUAUACAAAUUGGAAUAUCAAAUGGUAUAACUUCAAGUGUUUGCUACUAAAAGGAAAAUGCAAAAUACUAGCUAAUUAUGUAUUGUUCUUUAGUUGGCAAGAAAGAUGUGUGAAAGUUGAUUGCAACAUAUUGAGGAGGGGCAUUCUCUCUUUCUACAUUAAGAAGGAGAUUAACCAUUCUUGCAAUUGGUGCUUUCAUAAUUUAUUGAUCUGAUUAAUUUGAAUUUUC